ACCCUCUCUCUUUCUUUCCCCUUUAUACCCUUCUUUCUCUUGUCUUCUCACUCUCUCUGUUUCUUAAUUUCUUCACACCACACUUUACAAAUUCGAAUUUUCAUAUUUCUUUUUUAUUAAUAUUUAAAUUUCUUUCCGUUACGGUGGUUACGAUGGUAAGAGACGAUUUAUGCAUCACCGUUCCGAGUUUAUUCCGGUGUCCUAUUUCCCUCGAUGUCAUGAAAUCUCCGGUGAGUCUCUGCACCGGAGUUACCUACGACCGUUCAAGUAUCCAACGCUGGCUCGAUAACGGUAACAACACUUGUCCAGCUACUAUGCAGAUUCUUCAAACAAAGGAUUUCGUUCCGAACCGGACGUUACAGAGGCUCAUCCAGAUCUGGUCCGAUUCGGUUCGCCACCGAGUCGACUCGCCGGAAUCUCCGUUAUCCACCGAGUCGGUUGAUAGACGUGAUCAAUUAAUUGUUGCUAUCACUGAUUUUGAGUCAGGCAGUGAGAACCAGUUCGAUUCGCUUGUGAAAAUCGUACGGUUCGCGAAAGAUUCUGAAGAGAAUUGUGUUUUUCUGGCCAAAACGGAGGGAUUCGUGUGCGUUCUGGUAAGUUUUCUUGAUAAUGUUGAUGGUGGAGUUGAAAGGAGUGUGGAAUUGCUUGAACAGGUUGUUAUUGCGUUGGAUUUGGUUCUAUGUAAAAUUGAGAAUCGCGAAUCGAUUUUGAAGAGCAAGAAGGAGAACGAAAGUAAGAGUAUACUAGAUUCUUUGCUUCUUGUUCUUCAACAAGGAAGUUGCGAAUCAAAAAUUGCUUCGGUUAGGGUGUUGAAAUUCAUAGCGGUGGACGCAGAAUCGAAGCUUCUAGUAGCUGAAAAAGAAGGUUUACUAUCAGAAUUGCUCAAUCAAAUCACGCCGAAGAAAGAUCAGAACCUAAUGGAGAACGCACUUUCGUGUUUGGUAGCAAUCUCAACGCCGAAACGGAACAAGGCGAAACUGGUUCAUCUCGGAGCAGUGAAGGUCUUCUCGAACCUUCUAACCGCGUCACCUAGUUUGUGUGUUUCUGUGACGGAGAAGGUGUUGAAACUUCUAGAAACGGUGUCGUCGACGAAGGAGGGGAGGUCGGAGAUAUGUGAAGCGCCGUCGUGUGUGGUGGCGAUAGUGAACAAAGUAUUGAAAGUAUCCACCGUAGCGACGGAGCACGCGGUUACAAUACUAUGGAGUGUGUGUUAUUUAUUUCGUGAUCAAAAGGCGCAAGAAGCUGUUACGAAAGCGAAUGGAUUAACGAAGAUUUUGCUUCUGAUGCAAAGUAAUUGUUCGCCACAAGUUCGUCAAAUGUCUGUAGAUUUGCUUAAGAUUUUUCGUGUUAAUUCUAAGUCUUGUCUUUCUUCGUAUGAUACCAAAACUACUCAUAUUAUGCCAUUUUGAUUUUUAUUAAUUUUGUAAAUUGAAAGAAAAUUUUGUUAGUGAAUAGAGAAAAUUGAUAUUAAUGUUUAG